AUGAUCAAUUUACUUCUACUUUUAUUCGAUUUUUGCGUUGUCAUUACCGGUCGACACUUCAAUGGUGGUACUAUUCGAUGGGAACCAAUUAACCCGAGCAUCAACUCAAGUGUAGUACCUAUAAGUAUCAUUCAAACUUAUUCAUGGACCUAUCCACUCAUUUCUUGUGCUACUGGUGUUCCCAUAUCAACGAGUGGUCGAAGCAGUAGCAAUGCUAAUCUAACAUGUGUUACUGAUUGUUCAACAGACGGUGGUUAUUCAACUAAACCAGUUAAUAUUUUAACUGAUUGUCAAACAGCGAGUUCAUCAUUAGGAAUGAUGACAAGUCAACGAUCAGUCAACAUUAAUUUAACUGCAAAUGCUCAUUUUUAUCUUGCAUACGUUGGAUCUGCUUGGGUAUCAUUGAAUGAUCCUGCUGCAAGUGGACUUGAAUGGUCAAUUGUUUGUUCGAUUGAUCUUCGAAUGCGACCAGAUGGUAUUAUUAAUACACCACCUGUUGCAAGUGUCGUUUCGCCUCAAUAUGCAAUUGUUAAUCAAACAACUCAAAUUACUAUUCCUGUGUCGGAUGUGAAUACCGGUGAUGAUGUACGUUGUCGAUGGUCAACUUAUACACCAGGAUAUCGUCGACGAAAACGAUCGGAUGAAGACGAUUAUAUAUAUGAGAAUUAUAAACCUCAAAUAUACAAGAAACCAUUGGAAAAUAAAGAAUUAACGCAUGUUAGAAAAAAAAGAUUGACUUUUGAUCCUUGUUAUUCUUGCAGCAGCACAUGUAACUUUGGUUGUCGUUGUUCUUGUGCUGGAUGUGUGGGGAUUACAUGUACUGGCAUAUGUUAUCCAUGGACCGGUUGUUCAACGGGAACUACUACACUAGAAACUCCAGGAACAAUAAAACCAACUUUAUCGUAUCCUAAUCGUCAGCCUAUUGAUGAAUGUGGUGGAAUCUGUUAUCCAAGUAGUUUACCUAAUGGCACAAGUCUAUCCGGAUGUACUAUAUCAUUUACAGGUCUUGUACCUAAUACAUGGUAUGGUGUUGCAGUUCAGGUAGAAGACUUUAUAAAUAAUUCAAGUAAUAUUUCAAUGAGUUCAGUACCGGUUCAGUUUUUGAUUUAUGUCUUACCACAACCAACAUGUGGAUUAGCACCAAUUAUUUUUCCUGCUGAUCUAUGUUUGGAUGUUCAAGUCGGUGUUGUAACAAAUUUCGAUAUAUACGCGGAGACCUUGUGUAAUCCUAAUAUAUCAAACAUUGAUUCAAUUGUCGUCACAAGUGUCAUUGUUGGGAUGAAUGUUAGCGAUGUGAUCACUUCACCAGUAAAUGCAUCAAUAUCUUAUUUCACAUUUACUUGGCAACCUCAAAUGAAUCAACUUGGUUCACAACAACUGUGUAUAGUAGUUUAUACCAAUGAACAAAUAUCAUCUCAACCGUAUUGUAUCAUAUUCAAUGUGGUAUCAUCAGUUGUUACUUGUACGAUCACGACUACAUCAACGACAACUACAACAUCAGAAACAACGACAACAGGAAUUACUACAAGUACAAGUUCAACUACAACUACAACUACAACUACAACUGUGACCACGAUGGCAGAAGUUUCAGGACAAUCUGUAAAUUGGCCGUUAAUUGUAGGUUUAUCUGUCUUGGCUGCAUUACUUGCUCUGUGUUGUAUGUGCUGUUGUUUGUAUUGCUUAUUGUGGGGUCCAGCUGCAAGACGCCGACGACGCAGAAAAAAUGAAGAAAAACUACAAAGACACAUUAUUACACAAAGAGUUACACCAAUUACUUCCUUCAGAAAUCAUCAUUUUAUCAAAAUGCUUGAAACUGAGCAAAUACAAAACAAAAAUUUCAAUUAUACUGCAUUGAAUAAUAGGAAUAGUGUAGGAAGAAUAUCAUUAUCUGAUAUACCAGUAAAUUCUCGUACUUUCACUAUUACUCCAAUUAAUUCUGGAAAACGUAUGAACUUAUCGGCAUCUUCUAAUGAACAAGAUACACCUAUGAAAGUUAUAAAUAAAAAUGAAACAAAGCCACGAACAUCAGUGAUUUCAGUUGCAGGAAAUGAAUCAGUAAAAUUAACUGGUAAAAAAGAUAAAUUACAUAGAAUGUCACACGACAAGCCUAAAACUCCAUUAGUAACCAGAAUUAACCAGGUCGGUAUUAUUAAAAGUUCACGACAAAAAACUGGCACAACACAAUCUUCGAGUAUUGGCAACACCACUGCUAUCAAUUCGGGAAACUCAUUGUUUAAUAUACAACCAAUAACAAAUCGAUUAGCAAGUGCAUCGCUUACGAGAGACCGAAAUAGGAGUGCCGGAAAAGGAGUAAUUGUAACCAAAGUUCCAAGAAAUUCAUCAUGA